GUGCUUCCUGGCCUGGGCCCGAGCGUGUCUCCACUGCAGUCCCAGCCGGGCGCUCCCUCCCCGCCCGGCCCGGGUCCGCCAUGGCCAAGGCCUACGACCACCUCUUCAAACUACUGCUGAUCGGGGACUCGGGGGUGGGCAAGACGUGUCUGAUCAUUCGCUUUGCGGAGGACAACUUCAACAGCACGUACAUCUCCACCAUCGGAAUUGAUUUCAAGAUCCGCACUGUGGACAUAGAGGGGAAGAAGAUAAAACUGCAAGUCUGGGACACGGCUGGCCAGGAACGGUUCAAGACCAUCACCACGGCCUACUACCGCGGAGCCAUGGGCAUCAUCCUGGUGUACGACAUCACAGACGAGCAGUCCUUUGAGAACAUCCAGAACUGGAUGAAAAGCAUCAAGGAGAACGCCUCAGCCGGGGUGGAGCGGCUGCUGCUGGGGAACAAGUGCGACGUGGAGGCCCGGAGGAAGGUGCAGCGG